AUGCGGGAUGGAUGGGGCAAUUACUUCAGUAGCAUUUUUCAGCAACGGUCUAUUCUGGUGAAGAAGUUAGAUAGGGUAGAUGCGUCCCUUGCUGUUAACGACAUGGUAUUCACAGUGCUGAUGAACCACCAUAAAAAUGUUAUGAAGGUCUUUGGUUGCUGCUUAGAUUUGAAAUUUCCUGCUAUUAUCUACGAAAUCGACAUGAUCAAUUGUAAACUUCUGCGUGACCUUCUUCGUAGAAAGAAAGAAAGGGAUAAUAUUGGAGAUCUCAGCACAAAAAGUAUUGUCAUAGACAAUAAUGGUGUUGCUAAGCUUGUCGAUUUCUCACUCUGCAUAGCAUUGCCUCCCGGAGAAUCACAGGUGGAAGUAGAACUUGCUGGGACGACUGGAUAUAUAGAACCUGACUACUGGACAACAGGCGUUAUCACUGAAAAGAGUGAUGCUUUCUCGAGACUUGCUUUGAGAUGUACUGUUGAAAGACGAGCAGAUCGGCCAGACAUAAUCGAUGUGGCAAAAGAACUCGUAAGGAUUCAGAGGUCUGUUCAUCCAAUUUAG